AUGUCCCUUCCUUACUUGACUGAGCGCCAGCUGGCUAUAUCAGCUGUACGACGAGCCUGUGUAUUGACCAGUUCCGUCUUCAACAAAUUGGUGAAAAAUGAAACCUUGACCAAGGACGACAAGUCGCCAGUAACGGUUGGAGACUACGCAGCACAGGGAGUGAUUAGCACCAUGAUCCAUAAUGCGUUCCCGGACGACCUUAUUAUAGGCGAGGAGGAUGCGACCGACCUCCGUUUGGACUCUGGCGCUGAACUUAGGCGGCGAAUUGUCGAGCUCGCGAACGAAGCUAUCGUUGGACCUCUAGGUGUUGGUGACGUGAAGGAAUGGGGCAUUGGACCAGGCCAAGCGCUGACGCCGGAUGCACUGAUGGAUGCUAUCGAUAGAGGAAACUUCCAAGGCGGGCGGACAGGACGAAUGUGGACCAUUGAUCCUAUUGAUGGAACCAAAGGUUUCCUUCGAGGGGAACAGUACGCUGUUUGUCUCUCUCUAAUCGUCGACGCCCGGGUCCAAGUCGGUGUCAUAGGAUGCCCCAACCUCCCAUUCGACGCCGACACCAAAGGCUGCAUAUUUGUCGCCGUCAGAGGACAAGGCGCUGAGCAGCUUAACAUUGAAGGAUCCAAUCCCAAGCCCAUCUCAAUGCCCUCCCUGGCUCCCUCUGAGCUCAAUUUCCUCGAGUCCGUCGAGGCUGCGCAUGCCUCUCACUCCACCAACGACAAGAUUUCUUCGAUUUUGGGCAUCACGCGGCCGCCGAUUCGAAUGGACAGUCAGGCGAAGUAUGGAUGCCUGGCCCGAGGUGACGGCGGGGCUUACAUGCGUAUGCCCACCGGCGUUGGUUACAAAGAAAAGAUAUGGGAUCAUGCUCCCGGAGCUCUCCUCGUGGAAGAGGCAGGCGGUGUCGUAACAAAUUCGCUAGGCCAGCCGCUUGACUUCGGAUUGGGACGUACUUUAGGAGAAAAUUUUGGUGUCAUUGCUGCUAGUAAGGCUUGUCACUCGAAAGUGUUGGAGGCGGUUCAGAAAGCGAUCGCACCGGAAGAGAAGUCAUAA